GCGUUCACGUGGGACACAGUUGCUGCGUUUCCGGUGUGCUAGUGUAGCAUCCGAAGGCACGGACCGAGGAAGGGAUUAUUUUAGUCGUUGCUCCGGCACGUCAAUUCUCGGAGUGAGCCGAAAUAAUUCGAGUAAACUCAGCACGUAGUUGGCUCUGUGGACCGUAGGAAACGGGGCAAUAUCCCCCAACACUCGGUUUACUUCUGGUGGAGGUGGGUGAGGAAGGGGCUCCGGUGAAUUCCUUUUAAAAAUAAUCCGCAAUACCCUAAUCCUUCACCUGCUCUUCUUUUCCCCAUCCUACGUAAUGGUUCCACCCGGCGGAUAGGCCCAAUUGACAACUCGGCAUCAUUUUCUUUGUUUUUCAGCUUCGGGAUGAACUAGCAUGAACAUGAACCAGCAAAGGCAUAUGGCUUCAUUGUACGGACAGCCGCAGCCUGGCUACCAGGGGUACCCACAGCCUGCCUAUGCCACCCAGUAUGCACCCUACAAUGGCCCCACCUCAGGGUACCAGCAGGGGGCACUGUCUUCAGGAUAUUCUCCUCAUGCUACCUUUCCCUCUAAGGCUCCUGCACCAGAUGCAAUUUCUGACCUUUCCUGCUCAUCUCCACUUGACCAGGGCUCUGUCUGCCCCCCUCCUACCUUAGGAGCUCCUGUCUCAGCCUACACCCAGUAUCCCCAGGGGAGGUUGCAGAACGGUCAUCCUGCUAUGAGCACUGAGCCACAGAGGCCUCCCAUCUCCCAGCUCUAUGUUCCUGGGACCCAGCUGGCCUACCAGCAGCCGCAGUACAGUGCUCCAUCCACAAGUGCACAGCAACUGACCAACCGCCUGUCAGGCAUGCAGAUCGGCUCUGCUGCUCCACCCCAUUCGGGUUCUGGCUACGUAAACCAACAUAGUGUGCCCUCGCCUUCACAUCCUCCGGCCUCUGCUGUCUUUACAUCAUCGGUGUCGCCAUCUUUCUCUCAGAACUCCUCUCCUAACGCCAGCCUGAUUCAUGGACCCCCCGAGAACUACAGUGGGGCCCUGCCACUUGUUCAGCGGAGCUUGUCCUCUUCAUCCUUGUCCUCCCAGCCCCCUAUUUCUGGAAUGGCCCUCCCAUCCUCCCGGCCCCCUGUUACUGGGACGGUUCCCCCAUCCUCCCAGGCUCUGUUCUCUACUGAUGCUCCUCUGCCUUCUACAGUCCCACCACUUUUUGAGGGGCCAAUCCCUCUAAUCCAUUCGUCUUACCCCCUUAGGCCGUCUCCAGGUCCCCAAGCCCAGGUCCCCUCCAGUCCCCCUGUCACCCAGGCCGCAUUCGGCAGUGUGCAUCCACCUCCCUCUCAGUCUCCAUUACCGGUCUCCCUAGUCCAGCAGCGUUUCUCUGCCACCCAGCCUUCCUCGUUUCCCCCGCCUCCCCCUCCCUCAACUGGGUACCUGCCCCACGCAGGCACCGUGGCUCGAAUCCCAUGCAUGCAAGUACCCCCCCAGCUCCCCCAGCAACCCAUGUUGGGUCCUCCCUUGUCCCAGGCCAACCACAUCCCUCCACCUCCACCUGCUCCCCUGGGUAUAUCAGGAAUGAUGCCUGGCUCACAGCCAGGACCUGGGCAGGGCUCACCCAUGCAGCCUACACAGCAUGGCUAUCAGUCACACCAGAACGGUGCUUUUGGGCAGAAGAAGGGACCUCAGCCUGGUUAUCCAGGUUUAUAUCCAGGGCAGGAGAACUUCAGUGGUCCUCCCCCUGCACCUGCACCUGCCCCUCCCCCCUCAAAGCGACUGGACCCUGACUCCAUUCCCAGCCCGCGAGCCUCUGACCUUCCCCCUGUAUCAAAAACGAGGCACAGGAUAGAUCCAGAUGCCAUUCCCAGCCCAAUCCAGGUGAUUGAGGAUGACAAAGCCAAUCGGAGCAGUGAGCCCUUCUCCACUGGGGUGCGGGGUCAGGUCCCGCCCCUGGUCACCACAAGCUUCCAGGUUAAAGAUCAAGGCAACGCCAAUCCACGGUACAUUCGCUGCACAGCCUACAACGUGCCCUGCACAGCAGACAUGGCCAAGCAAACCCAGGUGCCCCUCGCCGCCAUCAUCAAGCCACUGGCAGAGCUGCCACCAGACGAGGCCCCCCCGUACAUCGUAGACCAUGGCGAAGGCGGCCCCAUCCGCUGUAACCGCUGCAAGGCCUACAUGUGUCCCUACAUGCAGUUCAUCGAGGGUGGCCAGCGCUUUCAGUGUGCCUUCUGCAGCUGCGUGACAGAAGUGCCUUCGCACUACUUCCAGCACCUGGACCACACUGGGAAGCGUGUGGACUGCUAUGAGCGGCCAGAGCUUUCCCUGGGCACCUAUGAGUUCUGUGCCUCCGUGGAGUACUGCAAGAACAACAAGCCGCCCCAGCCGCCAGCCUACAUCUUCCUGAUAGACGUGUCAUACAGCUCUGUCAAGAGCGGCCUGGUCAGCAUCAUUUGCAAAGAGCUCAAAACUCUGCUGGACAACCUGCCCAGGGAAACCGCGGAGGGGGAGUCCAAAAUCCGAGUGGGCUUCGUCACAUAUAACAAAGUGCUGCACUUCUACAAUGUGAAGAGUGUGUUGGCCCAGCCACAGAUGCUGGUUGUGUCUGAUGUGGCCGACAUGUUCGUCCCCUUGUUGGACGGCUUCCUGGUCCGAGUGGCCGAGUCCCGGGCCGUCAUCCACAGUUUGCUGGACCAGAUCCCUGCAAUGUUUGCUGACACACAAGAGACGGAAACAGUCUUCGGGCCAGUUAUCCAGGCUGGACUGGAGGCCCUUAAGGCGGCUGACUGCCCUGGAAAGCUGUUCAUCUUCCACUCAUCGCUGCCCAUGGCUACAGCCCCCGGGAAACUUAAAAACCGUGAGGACAGGAAGCUAAUUGGGACAGACAAGGAGAAGUCUCUCUUCCAGCCCCAAGUCAGUUUCUAUGGCAACCUGGCCAAGGAGUGUGUUGCGCAGGGCUGCUGCGUGGACCUCUUCCUCUUCCCGAACCAGUACGUGGAUGUGGCCACCCUGGGUGUGGUGCCCUACUUUACGGGCGGAUCCCUCUACAAGUACACCUACUUCCAGCCGGCUGCCGAUCAAGAGUGCUUCCUGCAGGACCUGCGGCGGGACAUGCGCAAACAUGUGGGUUUUGAUGCUGUCAUGAGGGUGCGCACCAGCACAGGUAUCCGUGCUACCGACUUCUUCGGCUCCUUCUACAUGAGCAAUACCACAGACGUGGAAUUGGCUGGCCUGGACUGCGACAAGACCAUCACUGUGGAGUUCCGGCAUGAUGACAAGUUGAACGAGGACAGCGGGGCCUUGAUACAGUGUGCUGUCCUGUACACCAGCUGCAGCGGUCAACGGCGUCUUCGGGUUCACAACUUGGCCAUCAACUGCUGUGCUCAGCUGGCCGACUUGUACCGCAACUGCGAGACUGACGCCCUCGUCAACUACUUCGCCAAGUACGCCUAUCGCAGCAUCCUCACUAACCCCACCAAGGUCGUGAGGGACAGCCUCAUCAACCAGUGUGCUCAGAUCCUGGCCUGCUACCGCAAGAACUGCGCCAGCCCCUCAUCGGCAGGGCAGCUGAUUCUGCCUGAGUGCAUGAAGCUGCUCCCUAUCUACCUGAACUGUGUGCUGAAGAGCGACGUGCUGUACCCUGGGGCUGAUGUUUCCCUGGACGAGCGGGCCUACCUGCGCCAGCUGAUCUCCUGCAUGGACGUGGCAGAGAGCCACGUGUACUUCUACCCACGCCUGCUGCCACUGCAGAAGCUGGACCUGGAGGGUGAGACCCUGCCUGUUGCAUUGAGGGACUCUGAAGAGCGUCUCUCCAAGGGAGGGGUCUACCUCCUGGAGAAUGGCUUGCAGCUCUUUAUCUGGGUCGGGGCCAGCGUCCAGCAGGAGCUGUUGCUCAGCAUCUUUGGCACCACGGCUUUUGGGCAGAUUGACCCCAACCUGACAGUGCUCCCGUUGUUGGACACUUCGUACUCCAGGAGGCUGAGGAAGAUGAUUGAAUCCAUCAGGGCCCAGCGGUCCCGGUACAUGAAGCUCAUGGUGGUGAAGCAGGAGGACAGGAUGGAGCUCAUCUUCAGACAUUUCUUGGUGGAGGACAAAAGCAGCAGUGGCGGACUGUCUUACGUGGACUUCCUGUGUCACAUGCACAAGGAGAUCCGCCAGCUGCUGAGCUAGGAGGUGGAGCCCGGCUCACACUCCCUCCCUAGUGAAAAGACUUUCAUCUUUUGAUUUGACCUGAUAAAGUAAAUUUACUGCCCACCCUUCCCUCUUUACCAUUGUCUCCCCUGUGGUGGUAAAAAAAGGCCAUGAUCCGAAUGGCCAGUGCUGCUGGCUGUUGGAUGCCUCUGGUUCUCUUGGGCUGAAUGUCUUACCAAUGGGUGUUUUUUGUUUUGUUUUUUUUGUACUGCUGUUUUUGAGAGUGUGGUCAGCUGACCCAUGGGCCUCCAGUGUCUUGGUACUGAGCAUUGGGGGACAGCACUUGUGUCUUUAUGGCAAGAAAAAUUAAUGAAGAGCGCCCCCAAAGGGAUGGGGGGUGUCGCACAAUGUAGCAUGGCGUACGUUGUACGUGGAGUGUCGUGGUGUGUCACUGGGAUUGCCAGUGCAAGCCACUUAGCAGGGGCACAGGUGCUGGCUGACCACUGGGCUCCGCCGAAGGCUGCUCAGCCUUGGUAAGUGGCCACCUUCACUGUCAGUGUUGGCAUGUGACUUGAUGGAUGUGUGAAAGCGACAGCAGAGGGAAGCUAAUCUGGCUGGCUGCUUAUGUUUACCACAGUCGCCAUGUUUACCACCUGCUGGGGGGCAGUUAGUGUCCUUGUUGUAGAGCAAAUCUCUAAAUGUUUUUUUUUCUUCUCUCACCUCAGAAAUAGUCAUUGUCUCUGAAAUGUAACUACUUAUCCAUUGUCUGUGUUGCUUUGUUCUGUGUCGUUUUAAAUAGUGGGUGGGUAGUGUUUGCCCUCCUGCCCAGGGCAUGGGGCAAAGCCCCCACUCCCACGACUUUGUCUGUUUGGGACUCGCAUUCAGGACUGGGGAUGAGUAGCUCGCCUAUGAAUUCGUGGGCCUGGCCCAGCUUGGCCCGGCCCUUUGCUGCUACAAAGGGGUGAGCUGCUUCUCCUGAUUUGACGUGCAGCUAUGCCCGAAUAAUGACCGGCUAGAGUGUGGGGGGCUCUCUCUGCCCCUGGGGAAACCCUCAGUGGGGGAGGGGUGCAUAAAGACAAAACUGUGACCACAUGUCCUUCAACAGGCUGCUGGAAGGGGGGGAGGGAUGAAAUCCAAGCAAAAAAAAAGAUUCCAGGAAAUGCUGCUGGUGGGGACCUGCUGAUUCUAUGCCCCCCCCCCCCCCCAAUCAUUACUUUUGUGAUUCUAGUAUCCCUGCAGUUGGUUUUCGUCCAGCCUCACAUGCCUCCCUCAGCCUCCUUAGUCAAAUCAGCCUUGCAUAACUGGCAUGAGUUUAUUUUGGGUUCGACCUUCAGUCUCAUCACUGCGCAUCUCUAGAGCCCCGGGGACCCAUUUUCGAGGGAGGAGGGGCUCGUGAUGCUGCAAAUAUUAGUCACUUAUUGUUUUUGUUGUUAUCCCUAAUGGGACAUUGUUAUGAUUCAUCUUUUCCUGCUGUACUUUAUGAUCUAUAAAUGUCUGCUGUUAAUCUGGGUAAAGGGCUCCAGUGCUGUGACUGUGUGUCGUGUGCUAUGUCUGCCGUGGCAGUCUUCCGGAGCACGCCUCCGCACCCCUUGAUGAUGUGUGUCAUUGCGCUGAACGUGGACAGACUCCGAAAGGAGCUAUUACACCUCCUGCGGCCAGCCUCCCCGUGCUCAGGCCUUCAGGGGUGGCCCUUUUUUCCUCACUAAUGCUGGGGGGCAAUAAGAAACAGUGGUGGGUAAAGACGGACCGGCCACCUGUGGAAGAAUAACAACAAGAAGUUGUGGGUUGUCAUUAGCUAGAUGUGAUGUCUGCUUCCUCAGCCCUUUCCCAGAGCCGGUCUCCACCCACUGUGAUGCCCUUUCGCCUCCACCUCAGCCUAUGCAAUGGAGAUUCCCGAUGAGCUGGACUUAAGCAGAGACUGUUCCCUCCCCUUUUUGCAGCCUCUGCUCUAAUCCUGUUGUCUUAUUGGCUGGAACUUUGUGUCAAAUCAGAGCAGACAGCGUGAGGGUGUUUCCUCGCUACCUGUCGACAGUAUGCUCAUGUCUGCAAGUCUUAAUCCUGCUAAUCACCAGCGUAGUUGUACUGAAAAAAUGUGACCAUUUCCAAAAAAUUGUUCGUGUUCACUUGAUGGCUUCCCCCCCUUUACUUUGGUUGUAACUUUGUAAUAUGCAAAUAAACCACAUCCUUUGUC